AUGGGACCCUCAGGAGCUGGAAAGUCAAGUUUCUUGGAUUUAUUGGCCGGGCGCAAAGACCCAAGGUCGGUGACGGGUGAAAUCCUUCUUAAUGGUCGACCUGGUGAAAUUAAAUAUGUGUCCACCUAUGUGAUGCAGGAUGACGCACUGAUGGGUAACGAGGGCGUGUUGUCUGUACGCGAAAACAUACAAUUUGCCGCUGACUUAUGUUUCCCGGGGGAUUAUACUCGAACUGAAAAAGAGACCCGUGUCCAAGAAAUAAUGGAAGAGUUUGGUCUUGAACGUGUGGCCGAUUCAAAAAUUGGCACCGUUUUCGUCCGUGGGGUGUCAGGCGGUGAGAAACGUAGAUGUGCCGUCGCCUCGCAAAUAAUCACCUUGCCCUGGAUAAUCUUUCUUGACGAACCCACUACUGGUCUGGAUUCGGCCGCCGCGUAUAAUGUAAUGAAAGCCAUCAAAGACAUGGCGCAGAGUCACGGACUUACCGUCAUCGCCAGUAUCCACCAACCGUCCACCGAAACAUAUUCGUUAUUUGAUAAACUACUUCUUCUUGGUCGUGGAAAGACCCUCUAUUUUGGUGAACGCGAGGAGGCACUGGAAUAUUUUGAAAGCCUGGGUUACGCGUGUCCACCAUAUUCGAAUCCCGCCGAUCAUUUCUUGACGCUGGUAAACUCGGAUUUCAUGAGUGACCUGUCGGAAGCCGAAAAGCUCAUCAAAAGUUUCAACGAAGCGUUCAAAGCAUCCGAGUACAAAACCGAAAUCGACCAUCAGAUUAAAAAGAUCACCGAAGAAUGUCUAAGUGACGAAUCACUGGCGGUCAUCAGCUCGGAGACAUCUAAUCGUUAUGCCCGUAAUUUCUUUGCUCAGACCUUCAUAAUCAUGAAUCGUUCGCUGAAGAAUGCAUAUAGGAAUGUCUUGAUGUUUUGGAUACGCGUGGCAAUGUAUGUCGCGUUGGCCAUCUUGAUGGGUUCCACGUGGUGGCAGGUCGGUUACGAGCAGAAGAGUGUUCAAGAUCGAUUCUCGGCGCAUUUCUUCUCCGUCGCGUUUCUUGUGUUCAUGAGCGUCGCCGGAAUUCCCGGAUUUCUCGAGGAGCGUCUGGUAUUCCAACGUGAACGCGCGAACGGAUUUUACUCUGUUGGUCCAUACGUAUUGGCAAAUACCUUGAUAUCGAUACCAUUCGUGAUGAUAAUAGCCCUCUCUUUUGGGGGAACCGAUGGCGUGAAAUGCUAUAACGAUCUAUGGUGCUAUGACACACAUAAAAAUUACUGGUCUGAGAUCUUGUGCGGCGGUGCUACCCCGCUUCCGCGUGAAAGUCACUGCGCGUCCCUUGUUGACGAUGUGAUUUACAUAUUUGGCGGGCGAACGAUCGAAGGGAAAGAUUUGGCGGAUUUGGCGGCCUUCAAUAUAAAUCAAAAGAGAUGGUUCAUGUUUCAGAAGAUGGGCCCAUCACCAUGCCCUCGGUACUGUCAUUCAAUGACUUUGUUGCAAAAAAAGAUCCUGGUAUUUGGUGGUGAUUCAUCACAAACGGCGAAACCCAACGGCGAAGGAACCAUACACAUAUUGGAUACUGCAAGGAUAAAGUACCCCACCAGCACAUUUCCGGGAGAGAUGCCACGACAAAGGUAUCAUAAGAGGUCUCUCUCCGAACCUCCGAUAUCUCUUUCUCCACAACCGACGCCAACCAGGGCUGUUCGUCAAAAUCCAUUGUUCGCAAAACCGCAGGCUUCACUGACCAAUCUACAGAUUUCCGUUUCUAAAGGAAAUACGGUCGAAGACCUUAUUCCCACCUCCUCACUCAUAAACAGACUGCAAAACUUUUCACGGAAACCGAGGACGCUUGAUGACUACCCAAUACAUAAAUUUUCGAGUUUUAGUGUGACACCGAUCGCUAACAAAAGCCCGGAUAUAACGGCUCCUGCUCAAACAACGAAACCUAAAAUACUGAGGGUUCGACCAGGUGGUCCGAAAAGGCAGUUAAAGAAUCCUCUGUUGGGGACGAACGUUAUUACACCUUCGGUUGAUAAAGGAAAGACUGUAGAUAGGGGGGUGAUGGAAUCGUCCAACCUGAUGCUUGAAACGGGCAAACAGUCAAGUUUUCAACCCGAAGUUUUAGAGCAUAGAAAGGAACCGAAUGUGGAGAAUUCAUACGAUGAGAACCACGUGGAAGAGUCAGAACUUCAACGAACUAAGGGAGAUGAAGGAAGCAUUGGUAGGGAGCGGAGCAACAGCCUCGAUGAAACAAGGAGAAGUAUAAGACAAAGCCCCAGUCAUGGUAACGCGAAAAUUCGUGUUCCCGAAGACGGGAAAGGUGAUGGCGACAUUUUCAAAGGUGUGAAGAAUGAUAUUCAGAAGCAAGGCAAUGACGGGGAAAAUGAUAACCGAAAGCAAGGUAGCAACUCGGAGAAUAUUGGUAAUAAUCGUCGCAGGAGUCAGAUCGUUGACCAAAGAUUGAUACACGCUCCAAAUGAGGAAUCAAGGGAUCCAAGAGAUUCCCGAGUUCCCCGUCCCAGAUCAAUUCGAAUGACUUCAUUCAUCGAUGACAUUUCGUUAUCGAGUCAGGAUGACUUCAACGUCGAGUCAUCAGCCUCUCCUUUGAACGUUGAUAAGAAUAUUCCCGACCGAAGUUCGAUGAUGCUCCGGAAUGGCGGUGGCGCACACUCAUCGCGUUCAGAUGACCGCGAAAGUUAUUCCGGUGCGUUACUGAAUCACGAACGGGAAUCUUACAUGGAAAGAUUACAAGAACAAGAUCUUAAGAUUGCCGAGAUGAAAAAAAGGGAAACUUGGUUUAAGGCUAAACUAGCUUUGGCUAAGCGGGCAGGGUUUCUCUUGGAAUUUGAAGGCGAAGAUGAUGCAGACAUACCUGAAGGAAUCGAUGUAGAAAAUUUAAUGGAUAUAGGAGAGGCGGGAUCUGAAAAAUUUAAAGUCAUUGAAGCGAUCGUUCAAUUAAGUCAACAGUUGAAGCAAGCAAAAGAAACCAUAGUGAGUCAAUCUAAAUCGGCAUCACAAAAGAUUUCCGAAUUUGAGAAAAUGUAUAAAGCAGCGUUAGAAGAAGUGGCAGUUUUAAAAUCGAAGUUCACCACUUUAUACAAUCAGCUGGAGUCCGAAAGACUAUCAUCGGACAAAGUUCAAAAUAUCCGAGCCCAGUUGAGUCAAAAGAAAAGCCAAAUUGAGAAAUCGAAGAGAGUCGUGGAGAACGCUGAAGCCGGUGUUGGAAUGAUGAGACGGGUCAUAUCCCGAAGUGAUUUUAAAUCGAGUGGUCAGAAUCCCCUGGCAAUCAAAUUCAAAGAGAUCGCAGAACGGUGUGACGAAUUAGAGGAACUUCAUGAAAUUGCACAAAGGGAGCUCAAAACCUCCAUAUCGAAAUACCGAGAAACUUUGAAAAAAGCGGAGGCAAUUGAAGAGAAUGAAGAAAUAGUGAACAAAGAAUCUUCGGACAUUGGUAGUAGUAGCGAGUACAGGGUUAAAACUCCAUCAUCUUCAAGUUCUGUAGAAUUAGGACACGAGCUAAGAGUGGCGGAAACCAAAGCAGAGAGAACUCAACUUCAGCUCAAGCAACUCAAGCAGAAAUUAAGUCAAGUAGAAUCUGAUUACCAGACGGCCGUCAAGUAUGCACAGAAUACGGAAAAAUUAUUGCAGAAGGUGAAAGACGAGUUAACACAGAGUAAGAAGGAUAUAGAUAAUUUAAACCGAAAAUUGGUCACUGUGGAAACAAGUAAUGUAGAGUUGGAGGAAAAACUCUAUGAAUUACAAAAGUCAAUCGACAAGCACGACAAUAUUAGGAAUUCCAUAUUACAGGAAUACACGAAUCAACAGUUGUUAGAGCAAAAGGUUAUAUUUUUCCAGGAAAGAGAACAAUUGCAACAAAGGAUAGUAGACCUGCAGACAAAAAUCAGCAAUGCCCAGGAUGAGAAAAGCUUGAUGGAUCAGGGUUACGAAGCAUUAAGGAGAGUUUACGAGUCGCUGAGAAAUAAAAACGACACGCUCCGAAAAUCCAAUGAAAUUUUCAAACAGAAAACGUUGGAAUCGGAAAAGAUGAGUGAAGAGGUUGAACAAGAAUUAGAGAGAACUAUACUUUUGAGUAAACAAGAAUCUCCGAUGGAGCCGCAAGAGGUUUUGGAAUCGAGUUCUAAUGAACAAGAUGGCAAUGAUCAAUCAUCAGAAACAGGGGAGUGGGAGGAAGAAAGGAAAAUAUUGAAAGAUCAGGUUGUCGAUUUUCAAGUUAAAAACAGGAUAUUGACAAAAAAUAAAAGUGAGCUAGAGCGAAAGGUAAUGGAAAAUGAAGGCAAGGUAUCUCUUUUACUGGAUCAAAUGGAAAAUGUAGUUGACAUCUAUCGGGUGAUAGAGGGCGAAAUUAGCGCCCAAGAUGACGCCUCCCUCAUAAGAGGCUUUGAAAAGCGAGAAAAGUCAAUAACGCCAGAAAUGCAGGACGAAGAGGAAUCUUCGCUGUUGAGUCCCAAGGAAGAGGAUGAGAUUGAAGAUAUGAUAAACAGGGCUUAUCCCGAUUUAACGAAUUUUGUUCUCCCCGAAUACCCGACUUCUCCCAUGUCUUCAACAACCGAAGGUUCAGAAUAUACGACUUUUGGAAAGAGAGAAGAUCCGGAUUAUUUCGAAUUGGAUAGAAUAGAUGAGGAAGAUACGGAUGAAUUGGAGGAAGCUGGGAGUACAGAGAAAGAAAGCAGAAAAAUAUAA